AUGGUUCGUCAUUCCCAUAAAUCUUUCAAGUUUGCAAACAAUUCAACAACAAAAAUGAAUUUUCCCCGAAAGGCGUUGCAACAUACGAUCAAAUUAGAAGCCAUAAAAUGUAAACUAAGACAACUAGAAAUGAAGUUUAACGAAGCAAAAGAAAAUUUUAUUCAGGUUGAUAUAAAACCGUUGAGUAUUGAUUACGAUUCAACUUGUAUUGUUGAUACUAUUACUGGAAAUACAGCAGCACACGUGGCAGCAGAUACCGAAUCAACAAAUUUUUCAACGGUGGCACACUUUUAUCUUGGGAAUAUCAAAAAAAAAUUGAACGGAUUUUAUGACUGGGAAAUUUCAUCGUCUAAUUUACCGAAUCUAACUACAUGUGGAAAAGUACCCGGUACAAUUCAUACAAUUCUCUUAGCUUCCAAUCUGAUCGACGAACCAUACUAUGGUUACAAUGAUGUACUACAACGUUAUCUUAUCUAUCAAAAUUGGACAUUUCAGAAGAAUUUUACUUUGACUGGAGAACCAUUGACUGAUUUUCAACUCGUUCUAGAACAGAUUGAUACGGUUUCUACAGUCGAAUUAAACGAUUUUCUGUUGAAUUCUACAAGUAGUAUGUUUUUUCCAUAUACAUUUAGUCUGACACAAACACAGUUGAAAGUAGGCAGUAAUAAUACGCUGAAAAUUCAGAUACGAUCACCGAUAGAGUAUGCACUUCAACAAGCAGUAAACUAUCCUUACUAUGUACCACCGAAUUGUAUAGAUUCUCAAACACACGGUGAAUGUCACUUUCAAUUUAUACGUAAAGAAGCUUGUUCAUUCUCAUGGGGUUGGGGUCCUGCCUUUGCUCCAAUGGGUAUUACCGGUGAUAUUUAUUUGCAAGCAAUCGAUAGUAGCACACAAGACAUGUCACAAACUGACUUCCAUUUGUGUGAUGUCAAUGUCAAGAAAGUAUCCAACGACGACGAGGACAGUUGGAUAAUUGACUUUCAAUUAAAAUUUGAAGAAAAUCCUUGUUCAGUACUACGGAGCGAGGACUUGUAUUUUCGUCUUAUAAAUACGUCGUGGUCGUCUAACACCACACUCUCUUGUGUCAAUAAUUACCAAUCACCUGUUCCAUUCACUGUUCGUGUUCCAUCACACUACAUUGCUCUAUGGUAUCCUCAUACUAUUGGGCAACCAAUCCUCUAUGAAUUUCAAGUAGAAUGUUACUCUCAAAUAAAAACGAAGCAAAUUGGUUUUCGUACAAUUGAAUUAAUUCAAGACCCGUACACGGAUCUCGACCCCGAUCUCAAUGGUACAUCAUUUUAUUUCAAAGUGAAUAAUCAAACGCUAUUUAUCAAAGGUAGUAAUUGGAUACCAGCUGAUUCGUUUCAGGAACGUAUUACACAAGAAUAUUUAGAAGUUUUAUUGAAAUCGGCAGCUGAAGCGAAUAUUAACAUGCUGCGGGUAUGGGGUGGUGGUCUGUAUGAAAAAAAAGAAUUUUAUGAACUGGCUGAUCAGCUCGGUAUUAUGAUAUGGCAAGAUUUUAUGUUCUCAGAUAGUUUGUGA